UUGAAUUUUUGACAUAGUGUGAGUAUAGGCAAGUUCUCACUAAAUUAAAUAUUUGACAGCAAAAAUGAAUUUAUCAAUAAUUUCCCGUAAUAUUCGUGGAAUAUCAAUUUUUAGCCGAAAUCUUGCUAGUGGACAAAUUGUAUACAACAAAGAAACUUCGUCUUCGUCGACUGCUUCACCAAGCGUAACCACAGCAAAUGUCAUACCUGAAGUUCAAGGAUUGAGUUCAGCAUGUAUUAAAGAAUCAAGUGAAAAAAUCUUAACAGGUACAUCAAAGAACGGUGCUUAUAAAAAUCCCGAAUACUUUUCAUACGAUAAAACAAGUUAUUUUGAGGCUGAAAUUGAAAUGUUGAAAUAUCGUUGCCCACAACCUUCAGCAAAAUAGAAGAAUUAUUGAUACAUAUUAUGUAAUCAACCUAAAAAUUGUACAGAAAUUUAGUUAUAAAUAAAUAUGUUUACCAAUUAAA